GGACAGAGGUGAAAAAAAUAGAAGCAAUGAUGAAUACUUCAGAAAAUCCCCAGUAUUAUGUAACACCUGAAGGAUAUGUAGGAGCUCCCAUGACAGAGUUAAUAAAGGAUGCAGUGGAUUUGGAUUUGAAUUUGGACAUGUAUAAUUUUCCUGAAGACAUGAAUAAAGAAGAUAUGAGCAUCUUAAAUACAACUUUGGAUGGAAUUGUUAGCAUGCUGUCUGGUCUGGAUAACAAGAUGAAUCAACUGAACACCAAGAUGAAUGAUCUUGAUAACAAGUUGGAUAAACUGAAAUGUUACAACAGCAGUGGAUUUUGUUACAUUAGUGCCCAAUUAUCCCCAAUCACAAAGUCAUUAACAGGAAAGACAAAAAAUGAGAGGGAGGGAACCACUGACCAGAAAAAAAAAAGGACCAGGCGGAUCAGGAGAGAGUAAGAAAAUUAAACAGAUGGAUCCAUGCUACGUAUUGGUAAAAGACAUACAAAAAACUGAAGAAAAAAAACCUCAGGAAACCAAGAGGAAACUACCCCUGAUAUGUGAUA